AAAACUAUACGAAUGUUGUAAGAUCGGACUUUUUCUACAUUUUAGUUUUCGAUAUAGUAAAAAAUAACAAUCUACAUACACGUGGUACAUAUAUAUGUAUGUAUGUCAUCCCAUAAAAAUAAGUAUAUAAAAUUACAUAAGCUUCGAUUUAAAUUAAGUCAUGUAUAAAUAAUUCUAGCAUUUUUUUGUUAAUUUAAUAAACGUUUGUUAUGUAAAUAAAUUUAACAUAUUUUAUAUAAAAUUAUAAUAUUUCUCUCAAACAACUUUUUUAAAUUUUACGUUACAUUUAAUAUGAAUGACUGCGUUUACUAAUAAUUUGACUGUAUCUAAGUUUAUGAAUAUUAAAACUUAUAUGUAUUUAAAUUUAAGGAUCGCAGAGAUAUCUUAUAGCCAAUUCACACAGAAGUUUUGGUUCGCUUAGCGUUAGACAUGUGUUUUGACAAGUGCUGAAUACAAUACCGACGACAGACGACAAACGACAUCUGUCAAAUAUUAAAAUACACACGUUCUUAUGGACACUGUUAUUUUGACAGCUGCACGACUACACGACUGUAGGCCGACGGUUGUCGUUCUCGCUAGCAUUGUAUUCAGCAUAACAAAAAAGUUCACCGUACGCUAUUGUUUAGUACGUUCACAUUAAAAGUUUUUGACGUGAAGCCAAGAAAAAUGUUGGACAUCCCUAAUCUUUUUACACUUUGCCAAAAAACGGUCCCUAUUUUUAUUACAGAGAAACACAAUAAACCGUUAAUUGUAGUAAACCAUUGUUUUCUGCGCAUCGUUGUUUCAGUAUGAGUUGUCCACUAAGCACCACAAAGCGCGGAAAGAUGUUUCUGAAUGGGCCUUUAAAUAUUCUCGUCCAGUGUUGCAGAACAUUUAAAAUAAAAUACCUAUACACAAAUCCUUUCUUGUGUUUUUACCUAUCACGAUUAUCUUACGUCAUGUGCUUCGUAUUUUUUAGGCAAUCGCUUCCCCAUGACAUACGCCUGACAGUCUGAUUAUUAUUAUUUUUUGCACUUUUACAGACGACAGGCUGAUAGUGUAGUGUUUUCAGGCGAUAAAUAUUUUUAAGAUAAAAAAAGAGAAUGUGCAGAGAAAUUUCAAAAACAUUUAUAUAAAAACAUAAAAGUAAUUUGGAAAAUAAAAACAAUAGAAAUACGAAUAAAAGAGUUUUGAUCGGAAUCGGAUUGGACUUUAAAAGGAAGAAAGCAAUAAGGAAAAAGGAAGAAGAAGGACAAACGUCGGCCAUUAAGCACACCCAAAAAGCCACUACCGGCUGAAAUAAACGUGUAUCUUCAAACCAAAGGCAAAGUUAUUAUUUUUACGUCAAGAUGUCACGACCUUCGUCACUCGCAUGGGUACUCAUGUUACUCCUAAGUCGCGUAGCCGGCGAUAUAGGUAGCAGUGAAAAACAUCCGUUAAAUUCCUCAACUGAGCUACCUUCUGUGUUGGAGACUUUAACGCCUGUCACAGACGCAACUAAUGAUGAGCUUCAGCGAAGUCUGCGCUUCGAACCUCCAUUGGUUGACUUUGGUGAAGCGUGUCCUGUAGGUACUGCCCGAGCAUACACAGUUACACUUUUGAAUCAGAAUGUCAAUCGUAGCGUGUACUUGACAUCAGUGUCUGGGCGCACACCUAUGUUCUAUUCGAGUUUUUUUGAGGCAAAAGUUGUACCACCGCAGGGUAAUACCACAUUUAAUGUGGUAUUUUUACCCCGUAUGCACGGUAUUGUUGCCACUGAUCUCCUAAUUCACACAUCAUUCGGACAAGCACGAUUGCAAGUUCGUGGCAAGGGUCGAGACUGUCCGUAUAGACUUAAGCCUUUGGUGGGGAUUAAGGCUCCACUUAAUGCAACACUUACACCUGAAAUACAAAUGUAUAAUCCACAUAGUAAACCACUUCAAAUACUUGAGGUUUAUAGCAGUGGAGGUCUGUUCCAAUUAGAACUGCCGAGUGGUGGGCAAGAAGGACCGCAAACUUUAUGGGAGAUACCGCCAUAUGAAACGAAAUCUGUUAUUCGAAUACGUUUUCAUGCUCGAACCGUUGGUAAUCAUACGGCUUAUAUACGUAUAAAAAUAUCAAAUCAGGUUGAAGAAGGCAUUGGUGAUACAGUGGGUACAGGGGGAAAUGUGUUGGUAAUACCAGUCGAGUUUGAAAUUUUACCAUUACACGGAUUAUAUGCAGAUAAUCCCGUUAUCAACUUCGGUCGUUUUUCAACAAAAGAUGGGGAGGAUCUAAUCCGGGACAGCAGCGUGAAACCGAUUCAGUUUAAGUUACAUUUACACAGUUCGCAUAUGCGUCAACAGUACGAGUUACUCGACUUUACGCUUCGUAAUAUAUCUGGGCUGACAUUCGAUCCAAAGGAUGGAGUAGUCAUUCUAGAGGCAGAUGCCUUUGAUAGCACAACAAUAUUGGACGAGCUGAUGACUAUAAAGAGUGUACCCCGAGAGCCACUUCAGGACAGCGUCACUCAGUCAACGCAAGAAUUUACGAUACUGAUUCGAGCAGAACUAUUCAAGGGUUCGCUACACUAUGAUAGUAAUUCUACCACAUUUAUAACACAAGCUACACUUGGUACGCGGGGCGGCAAUAAGCGCACCUUAGUGCUACGUAAUGAUUACGAAACUCCUCUGGCAUUGCUUAAUGUAAGCCUACCACAGGAAGAUAUAGGCAGUCAAGCGUUACGUGCACAGUUUAGUAGUGACUACCUUGAUGCGAUAGCUGACGGUGCAUCAGGCUCCUUGGUACUGCCAGCGGGUGGAUCUUUAGCACUGCUCCAACUUCAGAUGAUUAAUUCAAGCAUGACAUAUAAAGCUAGUUUACAUGUAUCUACUAAUAUUACACAUAUUAAAGUGCCACUGGUAGUUUGUGGUGGCCGUUUGCAUGUCUCCACUUAUGAUACAGCGCGCAUACAAGCUGAUGGGCCAUAUAACGUUGAUCUCAAUUUAGGAGCAAUUCCGCUGGCAGAGACAUCACAUGACGGUUACAUUGUGUUGCGCAAUCGCAAUCCAUUACCUGUCAAGCUGACCACUUGGAACUUUCAAUCGCCUCAAGGUGUCUACUUUCAUACCACUUUCCGAGGAUGUUUACGACCGUCUUCAUUGCGAGCGUUACGUAAUGCAACGCUUAAGUUGGAGAGUGCAAAAUUCAAGUUAUGCACUCAAUUGGAGGAAGAUGAUGUUGCUGUUUUUCAAGUAACGAUACAAUCGUACAUAACCGAGCAACAUCAAUGCACCCUAAAAAUAUGGACUGCUUAUGAGGAGAUCACUACAACGGUACGUUUUCGUACAUGGAUCGGCAAAUUGGAGGUGGAUCAAGAGCAGCUUUAUUUCAAUAACUGCUUUCCGGGAAAACAAUGUUCAGCAGAACUAGCAAUACGCUCCACAUUUCAGCACUCCAUACACAUUACUUCUAUAAAUUUCACUGAUGCCGGGUUACAUUUCGAGGAUUACAACGUCAACGGGUCGACGAUCGAAGGCAAUGCUAUGACUAAGGUGGGUCGGAUUCACGUCAAUCCAUCAUUGUUUUGCCAAAAUCGAUGCUAUAUACAGCAAGAUGGUCGAACUAACAGUCUGGCCUUCCCGGCACCAUCAAACACGCGUGGUGGCCUUAACAACAAUUUACAUUUUGACGAGACGGAGUUACGGCGACGAACCGAGUUGUUUCGCCACCUAAAGUACGACUUUCAAAACAUUGUUUUUACACUGAAUAGCCAUGAGUUGCGGCGAUUCCUGUUACAGUUGAUUAUUGACAUUGAGUGGCCGAAGUUCGUCACUGAGAAACCAGUACUGCCGACUAUAGAAGUGGGUAAAUCUCACGAAGUACAGGUGUUACUUAGUAAUCCGGCAGACACGCCGGUAUUAGUAGAUUACUUCCUCGCUGAUCCAUCAUAUGCGAAAGAGACGCAGCUGUCACUGCCACUCGAAGUAGUGGAUAUCGUGCCACAUUGCUACUUAACCGAUAAAGAAGUAUUUUCUUUGCCAAGAGGUGCGCCACGUCAACCGGUACUUCUCCACCCACACGCGAGUUUACCAGUAACAGUUCGUUUAAAAGCACCUGUGGCAGAUAGUUAUUGUACAUUGUUACACAUAAGAAAUAAUCUGACACUCUACGAAGCAGUUUGGGUUAGCGCGAAGGUGGUAGAGUCUGACUUCCGUCUGGGAAAUCGUAAGCCCGGUUCAAAUGUAUCGCUAACAUUUAAUUUUACUGAAAAACAUUUCUCGAUUUGUAAUCCAUCUUCCACGCACCAACACACGCUUAGCAGCCACAAUGGAGUUAGGGCCAUCAAGUAUCCAUUAUUGAAACGGAAGUUCACUGCGAGAAACACUGGCGAAAUUCCAAUUUGGAUAGAGACAUUUCAAAUUGGUGAUCAAAUAUGCUCUGGUUAUGGUUUCAAAAUAGUGGAUUGCAACAGUUUUGCACUGAAGGCGAAUGAGACGAAAAAGAUUGAGAUUAUAUUUACGCCCGAUUUUACGAUGAAUCGCAUUAUGGUACCAUUGAAGAUACAUACCAAUCUCUCUUACAAUGUGGAGUAUACAAUAGUCGCCCAACUGCCACCGGGCACAAUCGAUCAAUGUUCCGUCUUGAUAGAACGCCCCCCAUGGGAAGAGCGCAUACGCAAUACGGCAAUCGUGGUUUUGGCUACUACAUUUGUUUUUGUCUUGAUUGCCGCUCAUAUUGACUAUGACAACAUAUUGCAUAGUCAGACGGCUCUCUAUGAAGCGCGUGACAAGGGUUCUGUGCACCCGACAUUUAAUCUGCGCAAUAUUGCGCUGAAGGCGCAAGCAGCCACACAUGCAACCGAAGAUGAACCGCAAACGGUCAGUAGAUCAGCAGCGAAUGUACAGCAAACGCGAUGUGGUGCUAAUCAUCCACAACAACCGAAAGGUAGUACGAGUAGCAGCAGUGGCAGUAGUGGUAGCAGCGGCACCGGAAAUAAUGGUGUAAAGAAACGUAGUUUUAAGCGACAAAACCACUUGAGCGGUAACGCAACGUCGUCCCGUGUAAGUUUACCGUGGUCACUGGACUUGAAUGUUUUCAAGAGCAGUGUUCCACCGACGAAACCCACAAGUGACAGCGAUAAAACUAACCCCAGCAGUGGCAUAAAUGGGGGUUACCCGACGUCUGGUAAUGAAAAUAGUGGUAAGAAAAGUUCAUCAGCACUAACGCAGCCCAAAUCAAAUACGCACAGUGAUAAAUUAGACAGAAGCAACAGUGGAGGUAGUACGAACAACAGCAACACCGCUGGAAAGAAACAGCAAACACAAGUGUCGACAACACAACCGCAGGUGCAAACUUCGCCGCCUAAACAGCAGCAGCCACGCGGGGCGCGGAAGUCAAAAAAUACGGUUACUGUUUCAGUGCAAAUAGGCGAAAAAACUGAUAAAGAGCCGCCAAUCGUCGCUGCUGUUAAUCAAAAGGCACAAGGUAACAACCCUGGUAGCACAAAAAAUACACGCAGUAAUACCAACAAGUCUAACGUCGGCGAAGCGAUGAAUCAUAUAAAUGUGAAGAGCAACGUGCCUGAUAUUCCAUCUAGUACUGUACCAAUUUCAAUACCCUCUCCGUCCAUUAAAGAUGUGGGCGCGCAAAGUUCUGCAACCGGUGCGAAGUAUGGGAAGACACCAGGUCGAGAGCGUCGCAAAGACGUACAAAACGCAAGCUCAACCAAUAUUGGAAAUGAUGUUGCUCUUCCGAAUUGUCCUUCAUCGUCGGCGAAUGCAUCUCGACGGGCUGAACGUAGAAGUCGUCAACGUGCAGCAAACGCAUUGCGAACACUUAAUUUCGGCGAUGCAUCAAUAACUGCUGGUGCGGCAACGCGCACUAGGCCUACGAAUGGAAAUGACAAUGGUGGUCUCGGUGGGGGCGGUGCAGCCGGUGGAAUGGGUGGUUUAAUGGGAUGCUUAAGUUCUCCAUGGGAUACUUGUAGUCAGGCUACUUUCAGUGACGUAUUGCAAGCACAGCCCAUCAGUGUGCUGACUAAAAAUGCAUCUAAAGCAAACGAUAAAUGUAAUUUGGAUAUUAGUGAUAGCAAAUCAGCUUUCUUUUUUGUGGACAAAGAGAAGGGAAUGACAGAACAUGAAUCAGAUUUUACUAGCAAAGAGGUGCAACAACAAACGCAGCCUUUUGGGCAAACCUCAGGAGAUUCAGCUUUGGAUAAGGCGGCUCUUACGAAUUCUACUGAACUCGGUCCGAUUGGCUCGAAAAAAUCGCCUUCCUCUACUCCUGUCUGGGAGCCAGUUAACAGUAGCAGUAGCAGCAGCGGAAGUAGCAACCAUAGUGGCAAUGGUCUUCAAAUUCCAAAGCCGAUUGUCUCUACUGGGGACUGCAGUUUUUUCUCCGAUCUUUUAACCACUUACGAAUAUGAUGGAAACAGUCAGCUUAGAGGAAUGGACGCAGAACUCUAUGAAAUAAAAAAGGCACGAAACGAAUAUUUCGAAUAUAUUUACAAUUUACGACAGCAGCAGUUACAAGCUCAAGUGCAGGCACAUGUUCAAGCGCAGCAGCAACAUCAACAGCAGCAGCAAUUGAUGCAAGGGGUCGAUUGGGCAAGACUCAACUCGCGCACUUGGUCACCAAUGGCAUAUUUAGGACAGCAUGACACUCCAAGUCUAAAUAGCGCUGCUCUACCUACAACAGUUACAAAUGCAUCUCCCUGUGCUGCAUUGAUUAGUGGUUUAAGUGCUCCCGUAGUUGGUGGUAGUAAUACCGGAACAACAUCUUGGCCAAUUGGCGCAGCUCUCUCAUCAACUAGCAGUGUUGUCAAUGGCAGUGGUGGCCCCACUAUUAUACGUCCGCCGCCAGGUCUGGAAAGCAACUUUCAGGGUAUUAAUAACAAUACUCAAACAAUGACGCAACCACAACAACAAUCAUUAAAUGUUUCGUCAACUGAUACAGGUGCUACCAUCACAGCCGAUAUGCAGACAUUCGAUCCAUUUAGUUCGCUGAGCUCUAUAUGGUCAGACAGCUGGCAGAAACGCGACAAUAGUAAUAACAGCAAUACGAACAAUGGUAACAUGAAGUAAAACGAGCUGUAUGUGCGAUCGGCCUCAAUGUUUGAAAGUGUUGGGUUGAGCAAGUUUUUGAUAAGCGAUGCAAUUUUUGAUGAGCUCUGUAAGAUUGUCUUCUUUUUCCACAAAAUAUUACGAACUACCUAAACAUAGCUGUACAACGUGUCUACAUUGAUCCCAAACUUUUAACGGGUACAUUAUUUAUCACUUAAUGUCGUGAAAAUUUUGAUGAUUGAAGACAAAUGAAAAACCGCAAAUUUUAUAGUUGGUUAGAUAUGUAUUGUGAAACUUGUUGCCAUAUGCUCACCCUUCCAUUUCUCAAAUAUUUGGCCGUUUGUAUGAACAUAUGAUCUAUAAAUUUAAAAUAUAAAAUAGUAAUGAGAGAUAGAGAGAGCUGCAGAAAUAAAGUGAAGCGAUCAAAAUUUGAAAUUUCAUCACGUGAAAUUCGAAAUUGCAUAACUGAACGUUAUUAUUAAAAUUUGUCUUAUUUUUCCUUUCCUACAUGUUUGUAAGAAGUCAUAAUUGGUGUUAAAAUGAAAGGAGUGAAAUCAUUUUGAAGCCAUAUGAAAACUGUACUUUAAAAAUUUUUACUUUUUUAUUUUAUUUAUAUUCACCACUCACUUGACUUUGUUAUUUAAUUUUAAUAUCGCGAAAGAAGAAAAUUUAUAAUUUAUUUUGGAAAUUGUACUUUUACUUGCAAAAAAGUAGAGAAAGAAAAAUAUAUAUGAAGUGAAAUUAUAAAACUAUAAAUAUUUACAUACGUACGUACUCAAGAGUAUUGCUCAACACGCCCAGGUUCGCAAUCUACAAUAUAUUUCCUCACAAUAGCCACAACUUUAAUUCUUUAGAAUAAACACAAUGAAUUAUUUAAUUUAAAAAUUAUAUAUAUGGACUUAAGUGCAGUUAACGCACAGAAUGAAAUUCAUAAAUAAGUACAUGCAUACAAACCAAAUACAUACAUACAUACAUCAUUUCAAGCAUACAUUAAACAAUUUUCAUUUACAUGCAAA